AUGAGUGACAAUUCACCUUGCUUUCCAUUACAUAGAAACAAUUUUCACCAAUCUACUUUCCACCAUCCUAAUGGUACCAUUCGUAACAUAAGAUCUUUAGAAGAUCAUAACAACAAUCAAUCUCAUCCUUCUUUUCAAAGAUUUACCGCUUUACAUCAGCAGCAACAGCACCAUCAUUUAUCAAAAGUUACUGGUAAAAGAAAAUCUGGUGAAGAUUCUGACGAUUCAAUGGGUGAACCAAGAAGCCCACCUUAUUCUAGAAAUGAAAUGGAAAGAGAUAAUGGUGGCAAUGGUAGCAGCAAUAACAACACCAUCCACAAAAGAACAAAGCUUGGUAACGAUAAAAACUUUCCUUUAAGUAAACUUUUAGCUACCCUUGACAAAUCUCAACUGUUGUCGUUAAUAAACAAUCUUAUUGAUUCACACCCUAAUCUUCAAUCAGAAAUUUCUUCAAAUGUUCCUAGACCAACAAUUCAUUCAGUAUCAACCGUUUUGGCAGGAUUGGAAAAAAGAUAUCACGAUAGUUUUCCUUACUCUAAAUGGGGUCAUCUUAAAGACGAUUAUAGUUUCAAUAGAGUUAAACCUGCUAUUUUGGAUUUAAAGGAAUUUCCUACAAUAACAUUCUCAUUUCUUCACCUAGUAACUGAGAUUGCUCAUCGAUUACCUGAAUGGGAUAAUAGAUCACACAACGAGAUCAAACAUGAUCUUUAUUUGAAGUUGGUCGAGAAUUGGCAAAAAGCCACCAGAGAAGCUCCAAACAAAAUUAGCGAUGGGAAAAUAUACGGACAAACAGUUGUGAAUGAAUGGGCGAGAAAGUAA